AUGGCGUGGGACCGCACGAACUGCGACCAUGCGCCGUACGGCUUCUACCCAAACCUGCUGGACUGUACCGUGUAUCACGAGUGUCCAAUCACUACGCGCGGUAACAAUAUCAUUCAGCAUCAAUGUGCCGGUUCAGAGUACUUCGACUGGGACCUUCUCAUGUGUAAGGACCUAGCGCCCAUGUGUGCAGUUGUACAAUGCCCAUCGAUGGACAUUAACGGAACAGUGAGUCCUGCGGGGCCGCACUACCCAGACGAUGUGGUUACAGUCUCCUGUAAUCCCGGGUACGAGCUGGAGGGACUCUCUACUGCAACAUGCCAAUCUAACAUCACUUGGAGUGCUGUCCCAACAUGCAGAGAUAUUGAUGAAUGCGCAGUUGCGAACCGCGUGUGCGGCCCUCCCACAGGCACAUGUACCAACACACCUGGCAGUUAUACCUGUACCUGUAACCCAGGCUACAUCAGCUAUGGUGGUACCUGUACUGAUAUAAAUCAAUGUACAGAUGGGACCCACAACUGCCAUGCAGAUGCCGUCUGUACCAACGUGAUAGGCGGCAGUUUUACCUGUACUUGUAAACCAGGCUACACUGGAGACGGUGUCACUUGUACGGCUCUAUCUUGUCCAACUCUGACGACCCCAGCCAAUGGUGCACUGAGUCCUACAGGAACUCACUACUUCCAGGACGUGGUUACGUUUACCUGCAACCAGGGAUACGGGUUAAACGGGGCCUCUACUGUAACGUGUCAAGCUGACAGCAACAACAACUUAAAAUGGAGUGAUCCUGUCCCAACCUGCACAGAUGUUGACGAAUGCGCAGAUGGGAGCCAUAGCUGUGACCCAGAUGCCACCUGUGCUGACACAGACGGCAGUUUCACCUGUGCCUGUAACUCAGGCUACAGCGGCGAUGGUUUCACCUGUACUGAUGACGAUGAAUGUACAGAUGGGAGCCACAACUGCAGUCCCGAUGCCACCUGUGCCAACACAAACGGCAGUUUCACAUGUACUUGUAACACAGGCUACAUUGGCGACGGUGUUAACUGUAUCGAUAAUGAUGAAUGUGCAGAUGGCAGCCACAACUGCAGCCCGGAUGCCACCUGUACCAACACACCCGGCAGUUUUACCUGUGCUUGUAACUCUGGCUACAGCGGCGAUGGUUUCACCUGUACUGAUAAAGAUGAAUGCGCGGAUGGAAGCAACAACUGCAGUCCCGAUGCAUUCUGUACCAACACACCCGGCAGUUUUACAUGUACUUGUAAGGCAGGCUACAGCGGCAACGGUGUCACUUGUACUGAUGACGAUGAAUGUGCAGAUGGGAGCCACAACUGCAGUCCCUAUGCCUUCUGUACCAACACACCCGGCAGUUUUACAUGUACAUGUACCUCAGGGUACACCGGUGAUGGUUUCUUCUGUUUUAUAAAUGACCAAUGCACAUCUGGAACUCACAACUGCAGCCCGCAUGCCUUCUGUACCAGCACAGCUGGUAGUGUUACCUGCACCUGUUAUCCAGGCUACAGCGGUGACGGUGUCACGUGUACUGAUGAUGAUGAAUGUGCAGAUGGGAAUAACAACUGCAGCCCCCAUGCCACCUGUACCACCACACCCGGCAGUUUUACAUGUACUUGUAACCCUGGCUACAUCGGCGACGGUGUUGUCUGCAAUGACGUUGACGAAUGCACAGAUGGAAGCCACACUUGCAGCUCCGAUGCCUUUUGUACCAACACAGCCGGCAGUUUUACCUGUACCUGUAACGCAGGCUACAGCGGCAAUGGCGUUAUUUGUACUGAUGGCGAUGAAUGUGCAGAUGGGAGCCACAACUGCAACCCCGAUGCCACAUGUACCAACACACCCGGCAGUUUUACCUGCGCUUGUAACUCAGGGUACACCGGAGAUGGUGUCUUCUGUUUCAAUGCCAAUGACCAAUGUGCAGAUGGGAGCCACAACUGCAGCCCCGAUGCCUUCUGUGUACAUCACAGCACAUCUGGUAGUUUCACCUGCACCUGUCACUCAGGCUACAGCGGCGACGGUGUCAAGUGUACUGAUAAUGACGAAUGUGCAGAUGCAACCCACAACUGCAGCCCCCAUGCCACCUGUACCAACACACCCGGCAGUUUUACCUGUACAUGUAACCCAGGCUACAGCGGUAACAGUGUGAUCUGUAAUGAUAAUGACGAAUGCGUGGAUGGAAGCAACAAUUGCAGUCCGGAUGCCUUUUGUACCAACACACCCGGCAGUUUUACCUGUACUUGUAACUCAGGGUACAGCGGCAACGGUGUAAUUUGUACUGAUGUGGAUGAAUGUUCUGACGGGACCCACAACUGCAGCCCGCAUGCCACCUGUACCAACACACCCGGCAGUUUUACCUGUACUUGUAAGGCAGGCUACACCGGAGAUGGUGUCUUCUGUUUUACUGUUGACCAAUGUACAGCUGGGAGCCACAACUGCAGCCCCUACGCGUUCUGUGUGGCCACGUCGGGUAGUUUUACCUGUUCCUGUUACCCAGGCUACAGAGGCGACGGUGUCACCUGCACCGAUAAUGACGAAUGUGCAGAUGGAAGUAACAACUGCAGUCCGGAUGCCACCUGUACCAAUACACCCGGCAGUUUUACUUGUGCCUGUAACCCAGGGUACAGCGGCGACGGUAUUAUCUGUAAUGAUAACGAUGAAUGCACAGAUGGGAGCCACAACUGUGCCCCCCAUGCCACCUGUACCAACACACCCGGCAGUUUCACUUGCGGUUGUAAAGCAGGCUAUAGCGGUGACGGUUUCACCUGUACUGAUGUUGAUGAAUGUGCAGAUGGGACCCACAACUGCAGCCCCUAUGCCUCCUGUUUUAACACAGUAGGCAGUUUUGUCUGUGCUUGUAAGUCGGGCUUCAGUGGCGAUGGUGUCACUUGUACUGAUGAAGACGAAUGUACGAACUGGAGCCACAACUGCGAUAUCGACGCCACCUGUACCAACACACCCGGCAGUUUUACCUGUACUUGUAACUCAGGCUACAGCGGCGACGGUGUUACUUGUACUGAUGUUGACGAAUGUGCAGAUAACAGCCACAACUGCAGCCCCGAUGCCACCUGUACUAACACACCCGGCAGUUUUAAGUGCAAGUGUACCAUAGGCCACAUCGGUGAUGGCUUCCUCUGUUUUGAUGCGAUUGACCUUUGCUUACCUGGAAGCAACAUCUGCAGCCCCCAUGCCUUCUGCUCUGACCCACUCGGUACCAACACACCCGGCAGUUUUACCUGUACCUGUGUCUCAGGCUAUAGCGGUGACGGUUUCACGUGUAUUGAUGUAGAUGAAUGCGCAGAUGGGAGCCACAACUGUAGCCCCCAUGCCACCUGUACCAACACACCUGGCAGUUUUACAUGUACUUGCAACCCAGGCUACAUUGGCGACGGUGUUAAAUGUACUGAUAAUGAUGAAUGUGCGGAUGGGACGCACAACUGCGAUCACCACGCCACCUGUACCAACACACCCGGCAGUUUCACCUGUACUUGUAACGCAGGCUACAGUGGCAGCGGUGUAACUUGUACUGAGGUCGACGAAUGCACAGAUGGGAGCCACAACUGCAGUCCACAUGCCACCUGCACCAACACGCCAGCCAGUUUUACCUGUGCUUGUAACCCUGGCUAUAGUGGUGACGGUGUUACCUGUAAAGAUAUCGAUGAAUGUGCGGACGGGACCGACAACUGCAGUCCGGAUGCCACCUGUUUUAACACACCCGGAAGUUUUACCUGUAUUUGCAACUCAGGCUACAUCGGUGAUGGGUUCUUCUGUUUCGGUGCCAAUGACCAAUGCACAGAUGGAAGCCACAACUGCAGCCCUCAUGCCUUCUGUACUAACACACAGGGUAGCGUUACCUGUACUUGUUCUACGGGGUAUAACGGCGAUGGCGUUACAUGUACAGAUCAUGACGAAUGUGCAGAUAACAGCCACAACUGCAGUCCCCAUGCCACCUGUACCGACACACCCGGCAGUUUUACAUGCACCUGUGAUUUUGGCUACUUCGGCGAUGGUGUCAGAUGUACUGCUCUAUCAUGUCCAAAUCUGAUGGCGCCAGUCAAUGGAGCGCUAAGUCCCAUGGGCCUUCACUACUACGAGAAGGUGGUAACAUUUACCUGUAACCAGGGGUUCGAAUUAGACGGGGCCACUACUGCAACAUGCCAAGCUGGCAGCAACGGAAAUCUGGAGUGGAGCGAUCCAGUCCCAACCUGCACAGAUAAUGAUGAAUGCGCUGACGGAGGCCACAACUGCAGCCCCCUUGCCACCUGUACCAACACACCCGGCAGUUUUACCUGUACUUGUAACCCAGGCUACUUCGGUGAUGGGAUCUUAUGUUUUCCUGAUAUUAAUGAGUGCAAAGAUGGGAGCCACAACUGCCACCCCCAUGCCACCUGUACCAACACACCCGGCAGUUUUACCUGUGCCUGUAACCCAGGGUACAGCGGCAACGGUGUCAACUGUGUUGGUGAGGAAUGA